AUGGUUUCCAGCAGCACUCGCGCCAUCUUUAACGUGGAGUAUUCCAACCAGGUCGUGGACUUGAAAGAGGGCGGACAAGCCGACGGCACUCCUGUCGUGGGCUAUGUCUUCAACAGGGCGGGAACGAACCUCCAUCAGCGUUGGUACGUUGAAGUCCUCAAGACGGACGCGGAAGGCAACGUCACAGUUCAUUUGACCAACAACGGAAAUGGAAACUACCUGAGGGUUGAGACAGCGCUUCUUAACCAAGGUCUCGAAGGCAGUCACUUCUCCAUGAAGUGGCUGUUGGUCAAACAAGGCGACUCUGGGAAGUACUUCAUCAAAGUCCCGGACACAAAUUUCGCAUGCGUCCUUCCGGACAACCACAAUUACACCCAGAUCAAGCUUGCUGUCUUGGACGAGAGUGACCCAAAGCAGAUGUGGAUGUUCCAGGAGGUCUAA